AUGUCAGACUGUCAUGGCGGCGCCCCGUGGUUGACAGUUGGAGCUGGUUUCCAGCGUUGGGCACUUGGAGUCUCUCUCGUGAAAUGUCUAUUUAUCAACGCCUAUCACUCUACGGACUUUGAGGUGCACAGGAACUGGUUGGCCAUCACUCACAGUCUGCCCGUGUCCAGGUGGUACCAUGAGAACUCCUCAGAGUGGACUCUGGACUACCCCCCCCUGUUCGCUUGGUUCGAGUUCGGUCUCUCUCAGGUGGCUCAGCACUUUGACAGAAACAUGCUGCAGGUGGAGAACCUGAACUACGCCAGCCCGGCCACCGUCCUCUUCCAGAGGCUGUCGGUCAUCUUCACUGAUCUGGUGUUCGUCCACGGCGUCAAAGAGUGCUGCAGGUGUGUUCAGGAGCGGAGAGGCUCUCACAAUGUUCUGAAGCGGCCUUCCUUCGUCCUCGCUGCUCUGCUGCUCUGGAACUUCGGCCUCCUCAUCGUGGACCAUAUUCACUUCCAGUAUAAUGGCUUCCUGUUUGGGUUCCUGCUGCUGUCAGUCGCAAAACACCUGCAGUCUCAGCACCUGCAGGGGGCACUGCUGUUCUCCAUCCUGCUCAACCUGAAGCACAUCUACCUGUACGUGGCCCCGGCGUAUGGCAUCUACCUGCUGAGGAGCUACUGCUUUACUCAGGACAACACAGACGGCUCCGUGAGGGGGAGGAGUUUCAGUCUGCUGCGUCUGCUGGCUCUGGGCUCCAUCGUGGUCUCUGUCUGUGCUCUGUCCUUCGGCCCAUUCAUCGCCAUGGGUCAGCUCCCUCAGGUCCUGUCUCGUCUCUUCCCCUUUAAGAGGGGCCUCUGUCACGCCUACUGGGCCCCCAACAUCUGGGCCCUCUACAACAUCCUAGACAAGAUCCUGACGUUGCUCGGCGUUCGUCUGAAGCUGCUGCAGGAGGUGGAGCUUCCCCAUGCCUCCAUGACGGGUGGGUUGGUUCAGGAGUUUCAGCACUCCGCUCCCUCGGUCUCUCCCUCUGUCACACUCGUCUGCACUCUGCUCUCCAUCCUGCCGGCUGUUGUUUCUAUCUGGUGGCGUCCUCGUGGUGCUCAGGGUUUCCUGCGCUGCCUGCUGCUCUGCGCUCUGGGUUCCUUCAUGUUCGGAUGGCAUGUCCACGAGAAGGCCAUCCUCAUCGCCAUCCUGCCGCUCAGCAUCCUGGCUGUGCAAAGCAAAGAGGAUGCUGGGAUAUUCCUGGUCCUGAGCACCACAGGUCACUACUCUCUGUUUCCACUGAUCUUCACCCCCGCAGAGCUGCCCAUCAAAGUGGCUUUGAUGCUGAUGUCUGUGAUCCUCUCGUUCACCACUCUGAGGAGACUUCACAGCAGUCCAGGCUCUCUCUCCUCCUCUUGAGUCCCUCUACUUGCUCGGGCUGGUUCCUCUGGCAAUUGCCUGCGAGGUUGUUUUCCCUCUGUCUCCGUGGCAACAGAAGCUCCCCUUCCUCCCCCUGCUGGCAACAUCAGUGUACUGCUCCUUGGGCGUGUGUUACUCCUUCCUGCGUCUGUAUGUCAGCCUGCUUAGGGAGGAGAAGAAGCCCAAACAGCAGUGAGACGACCCAGAGGUUAAAGGUCAGAUCAGACAGACUCACCUGUAGUUCAGCUGUCCGCCUGCACACACAGGAGGCUCAGAGUGACGGCCAUUUUUACUGAAACUUUGCAGAAACUGUCACCUUCAAUGUGGUUUCUACUUUGGAUCAAAUCUGGACCUUGUGAUUCCUCAACCCUGCGUUCAGACGAGCUGCAAGGACACUUCAGGGACACGUUAUGUCACCGUGAUAAAAUCAGGUUCAGGAGAAACUCUGUGCCGACACAUUAAAUAACAACUCUGUUCUUUGAAGGUCACAGUUCAAGGUCAAAUCAAUCAAAUUUCUUCUGUACUUUGUUCUGAGGACCCGUCCACACACUGAGGGAUGUUUUGAAACAUUGUCUUUUCUCUGUGUUUUAUUUCAUCCUCAAGUAAACUGAUUAAGUCACUGAAAACCUUCCAGGGUGGAGAGAUUAAACACUCUUGAUUUGUCGUUUGGACAGAAAAGACAAAAGUUACGUAUAACGCUGACGUACUUGUGCACAGCAACUGUCGUUUAAGGAACUCUGUAUGCACCAAGAUGCCAAGUUUGUUUACGUCUGCUCAGUACUGUUAAUUUAAUGUCAUGUUUUGAAGGAAACCUUGUUGAUUAUUUUUGAAAACAGAGAAAGAAAUCAUUUUUUAUGACUAUCCCUUUACGUGUGGAUGAUGCCUAGACCUCUUCGUCCUACAGCAGGUAAACAGGCUGUAACGUCUGCAACAUAAUCCUGGAUGGAUCAAAGCUGUUACAGCUGUUACAUCACUCUCUACAAACAUAGAAGGAGGACGGAGGUUAACCUCACAGAGCUCAGACUGAGGAGUUGAUGUUCUGCUUUGAUCACUUGAUUUGUUUGUGUUUUGAUGAACACUUUGAGUGGACAUGCUGUGAUAGGAAACAUCACUGAGCAGCCUUUACAGCCUGUUCAGUCGCUGCAGGCUGAAAUGUUUAGUCUUUGAUAAUUGGAGGGAGUCUGGCUUGAGAUGGUCUAUGUUAAAUAAUCACCAGACAAAGUGACGAUAACAUUAUUUUAUGACGAGUUUGAGCUGGAAAUUAAAAUUCAGAUUAAAAUAUUUAAAAUCUGAUAUUAUGCAGAACAGAGAGAGGUAAAAAUUAAAGCAGAGGAAACAUCUCGUGCUAGUCCAGGUCUUAUCAAGUGACAGUCCUAGACACACUGUGAGAAACCUACAGGUGGACUAACUCACCUGCCAGCUGUAAAGCAUCUGUUCCUGUUGUGGACCAAAAGAGAAGUGAUGAGGUUUUUUUUAAUAUUUGAUAAUAAAACAGAUCUGAGUGUACUGAUUA